GCCUAGGCAGGUAAGAGAAAAAUUGUUUUCUUUUAUUUUUCAGCCCGGAACGGAUAAAAUAAGAAAAGUGAGCUCAGGACAUCUCCUUUAAGAUUAUUCUUUUAUGGGAGGUCUCCUUAAUAUGAAGGUUGUAAUGGAAAAGGCCCAUAUUAAAGUCCAGUAUGUCCUCUGUAUUAUGCAUGGUAACCUAUUCAUUGCUGCAACAUCUUGUUUUUAAUAAUAGUUUAAUUGACUUUUCAUGUGAAAGAUAAUAUAGAUUUCUUAUUCUAUUAUAUUACUGAAAAUGAAUUAUAUUAACUAAAUUAGUAAAGUAAUAGUCAAGCUAUUUCUUAUUCGGUAUAUCCUCCUUGUUUGCUAUAUAUUGAACUGGCAUGAAUGCAGAAUAUUACAGAACAAGCUUGUGAUGGUGGGCUUUGCUAACAUCUGCGCUGUGGCUUCCGUUUGACACAAGCACUUAUCGGAUCAAGCUUCUCAUGCGGUUCAUGCUUGCCAUGAGAAGUAAUGGGACACCCAAUCAAUAAGGUUUAAUCAGAAUAAACAGAUCUAAUUUCUUCCAAAAACAGCACCACUCCUGUCCUCAGGUUGUGUGUGGUAUUACAACAUGGGUCCAUUCAUUUCAAUGGAUAGGAGGUGAUUUAAUAAUUUUCUGACUUAAAAGAAAACAGUCAUCCUGUUCACCCACACUAAACCCAAUACACUGGGUUAUAUAGUGUGGGUGAACAGCAGACCGAUGCGGCGUCUCUGACUAAGAUGCGUACCUGCAGCCCAGAGCGGUGUCCCUCUGAAGGUCCGCUUCUUUAUUCAGUGAAUUGUGCACAGGAGGCGGGACCACCAGGUGAAGGCACAAGCGCUCGCGUGACCAGCGUCCAUGAAUAUUCAAAUUCACCUGGCUGGCCCGCCUCCAGUGCCCAGUUCACUGAAGAAAGCAGCAGACCUUAAGAGGGACACCGCUUCGGGCUGCAGCAGUUCAUGUGACUUUGGUUUCCGUUAUUUCCUUCCGCAACAUCUAAAAUAACCUCUAGAAGGAAGAAACAUGCAGUUCUGCUUUAGAAUGUGCCAUGCUAACCACACGCGCACCUCGCUCUUCAGCUAAGUGGCCCAUGUAACACCCUCUAGACCCCCAGAUUGGCACCUGCUCACCUCUACUGCUCUCAAUAUCAUCUCUCACCAUUACUGCUUUGCUGACCUUUGUAUGGCCAAAGAAGUGGGAUUUUUUACUACCUUCUCUGCAUGGUUCUCUGCGGGUCACUCAUGGCAAUGACACCACUUCUUUAUUCAAUCCUGUGGCCCCAAGCAGCUCAAGUGGAACCCAAGAUGGUGUGCUCUUGGUUAUGUGCGCAGGACAUCUACUGAUGCUAUGGCCAUAUUGUCCUUUUGGUGCUUAUUGAUGUGCAUGUACAUUGUAUUACACUGGAGGAAUAUUGCUGAUGGAGCACAGCACUUCUCGCCUAGUGGCUGCCGGAUUGUUUCCAAAGUGGCACAUUGCAGAUAUUUACAGCUCACUUCAAUUCCUCAAGACCUCCCAUCUGAUAUCAAAGAACUAAUCAUAGAUCACAACAAUGUGAAAAGUCUACAGGAAGAUGCUUUGCAGCGAUAUCCAGAUCUUAACAACUUGAGUUUAAAAUCCAACAAUUUGGGUUAUCUAGAUUGGAAUAUUUUUGAGGGCACUUCAAAACAGGAGUCACCAUUACCAGAGGAAAACACUAUUUUCAUGAAAUAUACUUUGGUAUCCUUGGGCUUGAGAUCUGCCGUAUCCCUGAGGUGGCUGGAUCUUUCUAGAAAUUCUCUUAAUGAAGACAUGGUACAAACACUCCUUACAAAUUUAACAACCUUGGAAUAUCUAAAUUUGGACUAUAAUAUCAUCAUGCGUUUGGAUAGGUUUUCCUUUGAAGGUCUGAGGAACCUAAAAGAGCUGAGCCUUCAGAGGAAUUACAUUUAUGAGAUUGGAGCAGGGACAUUUGACAGCCUUGUGAACCUGAGGACUCUAAACAUGGCUUUUAAUCUUCUACCAUGUAUUGUUGACUUUGGUGCAACACAGCUUCAAGUUCUCAAUCUCAGCCACAACCACAUUGAAUGGUUCUUUUCACGGGAAGUUGACCUUGAUUUUCAGCUACAGAAAUUAGACAUUUCUCACAACCAAUUGUUAUUUUUUCCAUUUUUGCCAAAAAAACAUCACUUACGCACGUUGCUGCUGUCUGACAACAAGAUGAAGUUUUAUAGCAAACACUUUGAUAAAAAUUCUUCCUUUGCAGAUUUCCUUAUAUUUGAAAACAAUAGAUCCAAUAUCACGACUGUUUACCUGUGGUCAGAUUUCAUCCCAAGUGAUCUCUCUACCUUAAAUAUUUUGGAUAUUAGUAAAAACCAAUUUGAUUAUUUGCCAGAUGACUUUCUUUCUGCAAUGUCAUCUAUGUCUUCUCUGAAACUGAACUGGAACUGCCUGGAGACCUUUGAUUUAGCAAAUAAACAGAUUACGAGUAAUCUUACAUUUCUGGAUCUCAGUAAUAAUAAACUGUCAGGGUUAAGCUUAGAAGAGAGCAGAUCCAACCUUCAUCAGCUAGGCUACCUCAACCUUAGCCAGAAUAGACUUCAAGAGAUACCCAGACAGAUUUUUACCACCAUGACCAGUCUAAGCACCCUAGAUCUGAGCCAUAAUCUGAUCUCCCUUUGUUCUCCUACCAAUACUGAUGACUACCAGGACUGUGUGGACCUUAGGAAUAUUCCAUCACUUCAGCACCUUCGCUUGUCAGACUGUGGGUUAAAAUUGGACAAGCAAGCUAUUUUCCAUGGAACUACAUUAAGACACGUGGAUGUUUCAUACAACCAAGUUAAAAGCCUUGAAUUUUUGCAAGAUACAGUCAAAAUGCUAAAAUCUCUUUCUCUCCGAAAUUGCCUACACUUUGUGGACAACAUUGAUUUCUCACACUUUAAAAGCUUGACCUCCCUUGAUAUAUCAGAAAAUAACCUCACUACAUUUCCAAAUUCGUUAUUGGAUCUUACUCUUCAGUAUUUGGAUAUCCAUGAAAAUAAACUAACUUUAAUACCUAUAUACAGUUCUCACCAACCUCUCUUCAGGAGCCUUAAUACCAUAUACUUAAGUCGAAACUCCUUUGACUGCUGUAAAUUGAAUUGGUAUGACAUUCUUACCAAAUCCAAUGGUAUCAAAAUCCCUGAUCUUGAACAGACUACUUGUAAUUUCUCCAGCAACUAUAUAUCUGUGCAGGAGCUUCCCGAGCCUGUUGGUCAUAGCUGCCAUUGGAGAAAUGGAGGAACUUUUAUAAUACUAGUCUUUUCUCUUCCCACUUGUGUGACUUUGUUAGUGGCUUUUAUACUGUUGUUCCUUCUUUUUAAGGAACCCUUGCUUAAAAAGUUCAAAAAACAUUUUAGGACAUCCCCAAGCUACUAACAUUGAAUAGCAGAUGUAGCAUUGUGACCAAAGUCAUAGCCAUAACUAUUUCAGAGCAUGUGUGCAUACAUAGUACAUUUCUGUAGCAUAGAGAACUUUUUUUUACAAUAUUGUUCAUAUAUAUAUAUAUAUAUAUAUAUAUAUAUAUAUAGAUAUUAAAUAUUUGUACUACAUAGAGUAUACAGAUUAUAAAUCUAUAAACACAACAAUUAACUUAAAGGGGUAUUCCGGGCAAAAACAUUUUAUUCCCUAUCCAAAGGAUAGGGGAUAAAGUGGCUGAUCGUGGGGGCCCGCUGCUGAGAUCCCCGCGAUCUCCCUGCAGCACCAGCAUUCUAUGCGAGGACUGCGUCUCUAGUUUCGGAAACCUCCGGGUUUCCAGGAUUGGGGAUGUGACGUCACGCCACACCCCCUCCAUUCAUGUCUAUGGGAGG